AGUGAUGUCGACAGAUAUUAUUGAAUUGAAAAAAGACACAGAAGGCAAAAAUAAAGAUAAAAUCUAUUGUUCGUUUUGUCCUUCAAAAAUGCUCAAUGCUGGAGCUGCUAGAUUAAUAAACAUGGAUUUUGCAUUACCUUAUAUCCAUAGCAAAGCAGAGGACAAAGCUAAUCAGUCAGAAACAAUAUCUGCUUAUUGGUUAAUAGAAGAUAUGUAUACUUUCGAAAAUAUUGGUGUGUCACACACAGUAGGCAAUGUCAAGUACCUAGCUUGUGCCGAUUGUGAGAGAGGUCCAGUGGGAUGGCAUGAUUUGUCCACUAAAAAAUCAUACGUUGCAUCAUGUAGAGUAAAAUACGAAUGAACAGAGAUCUUAUUAUU